UGCCAUUGAGCUGAUCCCUAAAGGGUAAAUGAGGAGCAGGGAGGGGAGCUCACCCAGGGAGGGGGGAACAACAAGGAAUGGCCUUUGAGCUCCGGGCCCCUCCCUCAGCCUCCAACAGCAGGGCCUCCUUAUGUGACUGUGCACUGGACACCGGCUUUGCUCUCUGGAAGGGGCCGUGGAGGCAGAGUGUCCCAAGCCUUACUAUUCUCUUAUGUACACAGGUAGGAAGCAUCUACCCCAGUGAAGGGACCUUACCCACAUUAGCUCUAAUCCGCCCAGCGCUUUCAUCCGGUGGAGGAAACCCGGAUGCAGGUAGGGGCGUUGCCCCCGCCGGGUCCCCGUUAAGGCGCCUGCCUGUUCCAGGUCCCAGCCGCGGGGCAGCCAUGAGCCUGGUGGCCUGCGAGUGCCCGCCCAGCCCCGGCCUGGAGCCUGAGCCCUGCUCACGACCACGGGCCCAGGCGCACGUCUACCUGGAGCAGAUUCUAAACCGGGUGGCCCCGGAGACGCCCGACACGACCAAGCACGACUACUUGGUGGACGCUGCUACGCAGAUCCGGCUGGCACUGGAGCACGACGUCAGCGAGGACUACGAGGCGGCCUUCAACCACUACCAGAACGGCGUGGACGUGCUGCUCCGCGGAGUACAUGUCGACCCCAACAAGGAGCGAUGUGAGGCUGUAAAGCUGAAAAUCACCAAGUACCUGCGGCGGGCAGAGGAGAUCUUCAACUGCCACCUGCAGAGGACGCUGGGCAGUGGGGCCAGCUCUGGCACGGGUUUCAGCAGCCUGAGGCUCCGGCCCAUUCGCACUCUGAGCUCUGCCCUGGAGCAGCUGAGGGGCUGCAGGGUGGUCGGGGUCAUCGAGAAGGUGCAGCUGGUCCAGGACCCAGCAACUGGAGGGAUCUUCGUGGUGAAGAGCCUGCCCAGGUGUCACACGGCAAGCCGGGAGCGACUGACCAUCAUCCCACACGGCGUCCCCUACAUGGUGAAGCUGCUACGGUACUUCAUGAGUGAGGACUCCAUUUUCCUGCACCUGGAGCCUGUGCAAGGAGGCACGCUCUGGUCCCACCUGCUCUCCCAGGCACGCACCCAGCCGUCUGGGCUCAGGUCUGGCUCCACCCAGGGAAAGAGGAAGGUUCAGCUCAACUCCCACCUCAGCCUCCUGAAGCCACCACUGCUCCCCCUGGGUCACACCCACCAGCAGGACAGAAUCCCCCUGGAGCCUCCAAGGACUUCUCAGAGCCUUCCUCCGGCCAGGGAGGUUCUACCUGUCAAACCCCAGAGAGAGGCUGAAGAUGAACCCACAGCCAGAACUAACGCUCCCUCCUCCUUAGACUUUCCAAAGGCCCCAAGUGGCCACCUGCACCUCCAAGCCAGGCGGGGACCUGGUCAGAGCUUGGACACGGGGCCCCCUCGGGGGCUCCUUUGGGUUCACGAGGGGGCUGGCCGGGUGCUGGGGGCCUGUGGCCGAGGCAGAGGUCAGAGCCACCCCUUGGCAGAUGGGACUGGUUGGAGGUCUGUUGCCUGGCGUGUCAGAGAAGAGCAGGUGAAGCGGUGGGCGGCCGAGAUGCUGGUGGCACUGGAGGCACUGCAUGAGCAGGGGGUGCUCUGCCGGGACCUCAAUCCCCGAAACCUGCUCCUGGACCAGACAGGUCACAUCCGGCUCACAUAUUUUGGCCAGUGGUCAGAAGUGGAGCCCCAGUUCUGCAGGGAGGCUGUGGACAACCUAUACAGUGCCCCAGAAGUGGGUGGGAUUUCUGAGCUGACUGAAGCCUGUGAUUGGUGGAGCUUUGGGUCUCUUCUGUUUGAAUUGCUGACAGGAACGGCACUAUCCCAGAAGCACCCCUCAGGAAUCCAGGCCCACACCCAGCUGCACCUGCCCAAGUGGCUCAGUCGCCCAGCAGCCUCCCUACUAACUGAGCUGCUGCAGUUUGAUCCCAGCCGGCGCCUGGGUGCUGGAGGAGGUGGUGUCAGCAAACUCAAGUCCCACCCCUUUUUCAGUACCAUCCAGUGGAGCAAACUGGUAGGGUAAGAGGGGUGAAGAGAGGCUGGAAGCAGCUGGCUGGGUCUCCAUUUCCUCUCUUCUCUUCACCCGUCACCCAGAUCUGGCCUCUCUAAUCAGUGGGCCUCAGGCACACAAUUGUAGGGCCUUUCUCACUUGGCUGCCUCCCUCGGGCCUCAGAAGUAAUUAUCUCCAGGCUGCUUCUUCAGGGCCACCUCCCAAGAAAAGUCUCAAGAGUCCCCAGCCAGCUUCUGCAGAGGCCAUUUUUAGUCACUGCUGACGGAGAGGGGCAGUGAGAUCUCACCCCACUAAAUAGCUUGGACCCCUCCACCCAUCAGUCAACAGAUUUCUGUUGAACACAAACUCUGUGCCAUGCCCUGUGCUAGGUGCUGGACACGCUAAAAGAUGCCUUGUAUUCCAUCAGCUCUGAACUGCUGGCUGAUAUGACCAUAAGGUUCUGCAACUCAUUCAUCUGCCACGAUGUGCUCCAGUUCGGAGACCUCUGCUGACUCGGCCCAGAUCACUGGCUCAAUCGACUCAAACCAGGGGUGUCCUGGCUGGUCAUCUUUGCAACAAGUGGCCUCUUCUGCCAGAGGCUCUUCCUACAGGGGGUGGGGAGCCUGGGGAAGCAGGGAAGGAGUAGUGUGGGGCAGGAAUGAGGUGAGGGACAGGAUGAUCCAAUACCACUCCUGUCCAUGUCCCUCAACCAUCUUGUGAUUUCAGGCUAGAGAGCAAAAGGGAGAAGAGAAAAAUAAAAAUGGAUGAGGAAAGGGGAAGAGAGAAAUACAAGGCUCUGCUACUUAAAGCAAAUUUGAAACCAGAAUAAAGAAUUCCCUUCCCCAGCUGGCCCACCAGUGUGGAGAGAAAGGGGAGCCUACCCAUGGGACAGAGAGACCACCACAAUCCAGCCUCCAGACUAAGACAGCCAGGGCAAGCUGUGCCCAUUAUGAGUUCCCUCUAGGGCAUCUGUCCUGUUUACCACUUUAGAUUCUGGUCUUGAAACCAAUCAACUCAUUGUUCACUCUCACUUCAUCCUCCUUUGGAAUGAGAAACCACAAAACACAUGGAACGAUGGCCCAAGCUUUUAGCCAACCACAAAAUGUUUCUGGUUAUAUGAAGAGCUGGGAGCAGUUACCCCCAAAAACAAGAACCCACCCCCACCUCUCGAGAUUCACCUGGUCACUGGGGCAUGGCACCUAAGCCAGAAACUUCCACCCGACCUCUGCCCCAGCUCCAGCCUCCAGUGCCCCCGACACCACUAGGUGGCACCUCUGGCCUGUUCUCCAGCCUGGCUGUGCAGGCUCAACUCUACUCUCGGAAGACACUGGUCUCACAAGAAGGUUUCAGAACUCCUCAGGCCAACUCGGGGCAGAGGGGACAUGGGAGAGCACACUGUGUCUCAUUCACUCUGGUCUUUGGUCCUGGCUUUCCCUGGGGCUUCCCCACCCCCACUUCCUCUCCUCCCAAAUAAAAGUUGCUAUAGCUUAUGGUGCCCUUGCUCAUUAAUACAAAGAAAGUAACUCUGACAGAAGCUUGGAAGGCCAUCGCAGAUAGGCAUUCUCCAUGAUAGGCAAGAGCAAGCUUGAGCCUUCUAGGAAGUAGAGAGCAGGGCUGGUGGCAAAAGGCAUGCCAGCCUGUGCCCCCUGCAACACAGCCUCAAGCCUGAGAGGAAGUGGUGGUGUGGGAGAUACUAGGCUCUGUGGGAAAUAAUAGGAGGAAGAGAAAUCUUGGGAAAGGGUCAUGGUACUCGGUGGGGAAUACUACUUUAAUACUCACAGUGACCUCAUGAGCUGACAGUAGCUCCUGAGAAAACUAAAACUCAAGAGGUUAAAUGAUAGGACUAGGUCAGAGCCUGGUGGAGCCAGUUCACAAGUGUGUGUUCCUUCUGCCACUCUCCUCUAAGCCAGACCAGCCCACUCCAACCACUGCUUCACGAAGCGAGUCACUUCCAGAACCUCUGGGCCUCAUCCAUCCACCUAAAAAACACUGCACAUCUGGCACUUGCUGGGCCCUGGGCUUAGAAUACUGUUGUCCCAGACAUUAUGGGGCUUACAGCCAACCUCCUUUCAUUAAAACAGGGCUAUUACCUCCCUUUACCCAGUGUAUGGAUGGAUGAGUACAUAAAGGGGGACAAAAACUAAAUGAAAAAUAGGG